CCCGCCUAAGCAAUACCCACGGUAUCCCAAGAUACCGUUCUCACAAGUUCUUCCGAAAGCUUCGCCACAAGCCCUCGACCUCCUGGAACGCCUUCUGCAAUUCGAUCCCUCGAAGCGGAUCACAGCCGCCGACGCCCUCUCACAUCCCUACUUCACGGGCUCGGUGCCUAUCGGCCUCCCCGCACCCGCACCCGGGUCCAUGGCACCACCCGCAUACAACUACCCCCACCCUCACGCACACCAACAACAGCAGAUCUCGCAGCAGCAACAGCAGCAGCAGGCGCAUGCGCAAGCACAAGCCCAGGCACAGGCGCAAGCUCAGGCGGCGUAUCUGCAGGCGCAGGCGGGGAUGGGGCAUGGGCCUGCGGCGAUCUCGUCCGGGCAACCUCCGGCGCCGGCGGCGUAUGCGUCGCGCGAUCACCAGCUGUACCAGCAGCAACAGCACGCACAAGCUCAGGCUCAGGCGAUGAUGGCGCAGCAGGCUCAUAUGCAAGCGGGACAGGCCCAGUACGGCAUGCAGUACCCGCAGCAGUAUGCCGCUGGACCCGUGUAGUGCGUCCUCUGCCGAGUUCCCGGUGUAAUGGACAGCCUCUUUCUCUGUUCGAUGUGCGCCGACUUCUCUUCGUUCGCGUUUGGUAUGUCACCGUUGUUCGCCGCCACGGACGGUAUGUGGCGCGCGCGCCCCAGCUUAAGUUAUGUAUGUCGUUCCGCGCUGUACAAGGAUAGGAUUCGUUAGACGUCAUCGGCAAUGUACACUACAGCACGAUGUUCUUAUGUUAGGGCUUAUAUAGGCAGCGUUCCUACUGUACAUUAGAGCCAACAUAUAAUUGUACACUGUGAGGCAGCUGUUUGUGUAGCUUAGACAAGACGAUUGCGAUCUAAGCGGUAUCAGUUGUCUUCCGAAUAGGGUUCAACACCAGUCUUCUUUCUACCUUCGAAUGGACGCAUACUAAUAGUGACU